AUGUGCAUGGCUGAAAUGGUGACUUACCUUCCGAUCUCUUCGCCAUUCAUCCGGUUUGCUGGUCGUUAUGUGGACGAGGCCUUUGGCUUCGCUGCAGGCUGGAAUUUUUUCAUUUUCGAGGCUAUGCUAGUGCCUUUUGAGAUCACAGCUUGCAACGUCAUCAUCCACUACUGGAGCGAUAUCGUACCGGCCGGUGGAAUCAUUGCCAUCAUUAUCGUUCUCUAUGGGCUUAUUAACUUGCUUGCCGUCCACUGGUAUGGCGAGUCCGAAUUCUGGGCUGCGCUGGGAAAGGUGCUUCUGAUCGUUGCGCUCAUCAUUUUCACGUUUAUUACCAUGCUUGGUGGUAAUCCUCUGCAAGAUCGAUUCGGCUUUAGCCCCGACUACGUCUCGAUGGCCGCUGGCGAAGCCGAGAACCCACGAGUUGUGAUGCCACGGGCUUUCAAUGCCGUUUUCUACCGUCUCACUGCAUUUUUCGUCCUUGGUUCCUUGGCUGUUGGCAUCCUGGUCCCGUACAAUGAUGCUGAGAUGUCCGAAGCCUUUAGCACCGGCAAACCAGGUGCUGCAGCCAGCCCAUAUGUCGUCGCCAUGAAUCGAAUGAAGAUUCGCGUUUUACCGGAUAUUGUGAACGCGAUGGUGCUCACGGCUGCUUUCUCAGCCGGUAACAGCUACGUAUACUGCGCGUCUCGUUCCCUGUAUGGCAUGGCGCUUGAGGGCAAAGCGCCGGCAUUCUUCACCAAGUGUACCCGCAACGGAGUGCCACUUUAUUGCGUGCUCGUUGUCCUGGCACUCUCUCUGCUUUCCUUCCUACAGGUUUCGAACAAUGCUGCCCAAGUCCUACAGUGGUUUGUCAACCUUGUGACCGCCUCUCAGCUCAUCAAUUUCGCCGUUAUGUGCUUCACAUACAUCCGGUUCCACAAGGCUCUUGCGGCUCAGGGGAUGAGCCGGGACUCGCUUCCAUACAAGGGCUUCCUACCGCAGCCCUUCAGUGCCUGGUAUGGGCUGGUUGGAACUUUCAUCAUGACUUUCGUCGGUGGCUACACGGUCUUCCUACCUGGGAAUUGGGAUAUCCCUACGUUCUUCUUUUCAUAUACCAUGAUCGGCGUCUGCCCUAUCCUGUUUAUCGGCUGGAAGAUCAUCAAGAAGAGCAAGUUUUAUAAGCCUGCCGAGGUAGACCUUUUUAAGAACCUUGAGGAGAUCGAGGAAUAUCAAGCCAACUACAUACCAUCGCCUCCCAAGAAUUGGUUUGAGCGCACGUUAAACUUUUUGUUCGGCUAA